GACCCUUAAUGCACUUGGAUAUAUAGUUGGUUAAUUUCAUGAUCAACUACUAGUAGAAGCGUCUAUCACUAUAAAAAGCAUUGAAUUUGGUCUCUAUAGCCUUAAACACCCUUAUAUCUUAUUGAUCAUCACUUCCUUUCCCUCAAAAUUCUAAUGGAUGGGAACAACUACAAUUCCUGGGCUGAUCAGUGGGAUGAUGGGCCAGACCCUGUGAUGGUUGGUUCCAAUAACAAAAACAGCAACGACAACACCGCCAAAUACAAGCAAAAGCUCGGUGAGGGUUUUGGCAAGACCAAAGCAGUGGCCUCCACCGGUGUGAAGAAGUUGAAGGAUGGUACCUCCGUUGGCCUCCACUGGAUCAAGACCAAGUAUUCCAAAGCCACACAGAAACAUUGAUUGUAAACUACAUGCUACUUUCAGUUUUUUGUUUUUCUUUAUUCGUGUCUAUGUCUUCAGUUUGGCCUUUGAAUUCCUUUAUUCUUGGUAGUGUGUAAUUAAGUAUAUGUGAUCCAUGUAUAUGGUGUAUCUGUAUUAGUUUCAUAGUUGUUAUGUUAAGUUUAAUUAUAUAUGUUAGCUUACACAUUAUUUUCUACGUCAUCCGUCUUUAAGACUCAAAGAUUGCAUUUAA